UGUCAGCUUCUCAUACCGUCUCCCCUACAUUUACUCUCUGUCAUGGAGAAAACUACCUGCACAAACCUCACCGACGUCGUGCGCUCGGUGCAGCUGCUCAAGGUCAACGGCUACUCCAUGACCAAGACCAUGGACAGCGAGGAGGGCUGCAUCAAAUCCAGGUGGAAUGUCGAUGGGUAUGAGUGGGAAAUCCGCUUGUAUUCUGCAGGUUUGCCUGGCCACGGUGGCUUCUACAGUUCGUGGAUAGCAAUGGAGCUCGUCUUCCUCAGCGAAGCCCGCGCGCGCAACGUGAAGGCGACCCUAGGCUAUCGCCUGGUAGAUCCGAUUCCGACAGCGAGGCUUAAUAAAUUUUCAGAAGAAAGGAGGCAUACAAAAAUUAUUUACGAUUCACAUGAUAGCUCGUCUCCACAUCUGAUCAUUCAGACAUCUGAUCUAGAAAGCUGGCGCUAUAUCAUGGACGACUCGUUCACAGUGCAGUGCACCAUCACCGUGCUCAAGGAGAUUCCUGAUCUGGCGACAAUCUCAGCUAAAGAAGUGCAGGUGCCAUCCUCCAACUUGCACGAGCACCUCGGCGACCUCCUGAAGAGCGAGACCGGAGCGGACGUCACAUUUGUUGUCUCUGGUGAGUCCUUUGCCGCGCAUAAGGCCAUACUUGCCGGAAGGUCCCCCGUGCUCAUGGCGGAAUUCUUCGGGGAUAUGAAGGAAACGAGGUCUCCAUGUGUGGAGAUCAAGAACAUGGAGGCGACGGCCUUCAAGGCCAUGCUGCACUUCAUCUACACUGACACUCUGCCGGUACUUGCUGAUAAUCUGUCUGAGACGUUGGUGGUUAUGGCUCAGCAUCUGCUGGCAGCCGCUGAUAGGUAUGGACUGGACAAGCUCAAGCUGAUUUGUGAACGCAAGCUCGCCGGUGGCAUUAGCGUCAGCACGGCUGCGACGACUCUAGCUCUAGCAGAGCAGCACAACUGUUCCCUGCUCAAGGCAAAGUGCUUAGAGUUCAUUGUUAGGACUGCAGCCACUCUUGAUGCUGUCAUGGCGACAGAGGGGUACAGGCACCUGGAGGCAAGCUGCCCUUUGGUGCUGCGUGAGCUUCUGAAAUGUGCCCGUGGGAGAAAGCGUAGCUAG